AUGCUUCAUUCUAUUAGCUCGCUUCUAUUGCUUCUUCCGGUCAUUUACUAUGCAUUUGACCAGUUGUUCCACACUUGGUUGCCUACAAACUACAAGUUCGACAAGGUUGUGCUCCAGCAGUUGGUGCAAGAGACACUUGCAAACAACCCAGGCGGCAACGCCACGGCGAUCAUGAUGGAGCUUACUCCCAAGCUCCAAGAAGCGUACCCGGGCUUGGUCAACGACUUGACGUUUGACGAGUGGUUCUACAAUAACGCGGGCGGAGCCAUGGGCCAAAUGACCAUUUUGCACGCGUCUAUAUCCGAGUAUCUCAUCUUCUUUGGUACAGCAGUGGGAACAGAGGGUCAUACCGGUGUUCACUUCGCCGACGAUUACUUCACCAUUUUGACUGGCGAGCAAAGAGCCGCGUACCCGGGAUCGUUGGAGCCCGAGAUUUAUAGGCCGGGUGACCAGCACCAUUUACCCAAGGGGCAUGUGAAGCAGUACAUGAUGCCUGGACAGUCGUUUGCUUUGGAGUUGGCUCAAGGCUGGAUUCCAGCUAUGCUCCCUUUUGGCUUGUUGGAUACUUUGAGCUCGACUUUGGACUUCCAUACGUUCUACUUGACGUCGUAUUACACCGCGAGAGAUAUGAUCAAGAAUUUGUUAAGGGGAAAAUUCUAA